GAAUGACCCUCCCUCCCCACCCAGACACAUGCUAUAAAACGUGGGAAUUGUUUGAAAUCUGACAGAGGUGCCUUCAACACAGACUCAACAAGUGACGACUGCACUGCGACAAGUCAACGAUUCCCUCCAGCGCUGUGAUGUCGCUGGGUCUUCUGGCUCUCUGCCUGCUGGCUUGCAUCCACUCUGGUAUAAAUGCGUAUCCAGCCAAGCCUGCCAGUCCCCAGGAAGGUGCACCGCCCGAGGAGCUCGCCAAAUACUACUCUGCACUAAGACACUACAUCAACCUCAUCACAAGACAGAGGUAUGGGAAACGAGACAAUCCAGAUACGCUAUUUUCAGACGUGCUGCUGAGGGAAAGCACAGAGAGUUUUCCAGAAUCUAAAUAUAUCAGAUAUGAUGAUCUGCCGCUGUGGUGAUGCUGUUGGAACUGGUACAGAUCAGAUACCACAUCGCUGCUGAUGCGUCUGCCUCUGACCGAAGCUUUGAACUUGUGUUACGUGAAAUAAACAUUGUGUAAUGCAACAACUUUGCUGCGUGACAUUGCUCCGUUCAAAAUAUUACUUAGGUCAAAGUGCAAUGAUUUGUUUCAUAAUACAAUAUAUCAUAUUUAAUUGUAAUUAUUGGUGUAUUAUUUGUAUAUAACUUAAGUGAGAUUCCAGAUCGACUUGACAGUUAUGCACCGGACACAUCUCACUGUGGCUUCUCAGGCCCCACAGUGUUUAAGUACCACUACAGAACCUAGCUCACUGUAAAUACAGUGGCUUCUGUGAUGGAGUAACGCUGCCCUCUACUGGUGAAUCGAGGUCAUUUAAAUGUCUAGCUAACGUUAAGUGUGGUCAGGCAAAAAUGAAAAUGAAUGAAUGAAUUAUUCGGACGAACCAGGUUGAGUGGAGUUUAGAUGUUCAGCGCUUAAUGCUGAUGGAUGUGUCCAGAUGUGAUUUACACUAGUAAAUGUAAAGAUCAUCAACAGAAGAUCCGCGGCGCCGUCUAAAUCUAUCACAUAGUUUAUACUCUGAGCAAACUGCCUGUGUCCAUGUGAUGAGAAGCACUAAAAACAGUACAACCAACAAGUAAAUCGAUUCAAAGCA